AUGUUCGUAUCACAUCCUGGUCAGUGGAACAAUCCCGAAGUUGUAGGGUCUGCAUACCGCGCGGUUCCAACUUAUGACCCACCUGCAUAUUUUUCCACGAGAUGCUGUUCACAACACUCCAUACGGAAAAAGGAUCCUUUGGCGCUCGAGGUACUCAUGACCGACCCGCAGCUGAUGCCCCCGCGUAUUAUUUGUACGGAUUUGCGUACCAGUAGCACUGGUAUUGGUAACCAUUGCUGCUGGUUUGCUGAUACGGUGAAGAAUCGCCGACAUUAUGAUGCGUGCUUUCUAGACAAAAUGCUAAUAUCUCUCUUCUAUUUGGCUUUUGACUACGCCGCUGUUCUGCAUUCUAUAUUUGAUGUAUUUCAGUGCGAUUUAAGGCAUCCGCAAGUUAUAUCUGUGACGGGAGAUAGAAGGUUGAUGGAGGUGCUUAUCGACAUGCGGCCCAUCACUCCUGCUGUUCUUCUGAUCAAGGCAUGCUGUGUAAUCGAUGGUAGUCGAUGGUUGAGAACGCCCAUGAUGCGCCAGGGUGUUGGCAAUCAGCCAUGUCACAAUGUACAGGUAAUCGAUCAGUCGACCGGUUGGUGCCAGCAUUUCCCCUGA